GUCUUCCACCCAAACCCACCACGCCAACCAUGCAUGGCGGAAACCAAGCAAACCACUCGCAUCACCAACAGGAACGGCGGGUGCCUCGGGUUCAUCGGCCUUCCGAGUUCCUCACCCGGCCGCAACCGACGCACCCAGCCUUUUGGCUCGUAGGCGCGUGCUGCACGCUGCUGUGGGUCGCUAUCAUCCUCGCCGGCCUCGCCAUCCUCAUCGUGUACCUCGUCGUCAAGCCCAAGGGCCCCCAACUCGAGAUCUCCAGCGCCAACCUCAACGGCGCCAUCCUCGACGGCGGCGGCCUCCUCAACGCCGACCUCUCCGUCCUCGCCAACUUCUCCAACCCCAACCAGAAGGUGGACUUGAGAUUCGGCCAGGUGCAGCUGGACCUGUACUUCCGCAGCGUCCUGAUCGCGACGCAGGGCCUGGGGCCGUUCCGCGAGCGGAGGAGGGAGGCGGUGCUGCGCUACGUCCGCAUGGUGUCGAGCAGUGUGGCGCUGCCGGCCGACGCGGCGGAGGCCUGGCGUGCGGGGGAGACCGGGAACAGGCAUGCAAUGAAGGUGGUGGCCUCGUUCCGGACGCGGUCCGAUAUUGGCGGCUGGUUACACUACACGUUCCGGACCCGGCGCCACUGCAACAUCGUCGUGGGUGCGCCGCCCGCCGGGGUGCUGUUGGCCACCAGCUGCACCUCCAAGCACUGACGAAGGAUGGAGAGCAGUCGACAUCUUCACACGUCAAUGCUACUCUACAAAAUGUUAUAUAACAUUAGCUUUGGUUUCUUUCUUUACCACGGAGCGAAGUCUCAGUACAAAGCUUAAAAUACCACUCUAAAUAACCAAGU